AUGAACUAUAACAAUAAUAAUAAUAACAACAACAAUAGCGGUGAUAUUCAAUAUACGAUCAUUUCACAGGAUGAUUUAGAAAGAGAAAGAUUAUCAUUAUUAAAUAAUAAUGGUAAUGGGAGUAGUAAAUGCUCCUCAUAUGGCAGUGAUAGUGGUUCGAAUGGUAAUUGUUGUUGCUCUAGUGAUUCUAGCUGUAGUAGUGAUGGCCAAACAAUAAGAACAAUUAAAUCAAUUUUUUAUAAUAACUUAUUUUGUAAAAUAUGUUUGGUUUUAGUUUGUGUGAUUGCAAUUUAUACCUUAAUAGCAAUAAGAUGCAAUGGUGUUGGGUUUGAUGGUUGCCGAGAACAAUAG